CUUAUUUUAAAUGUAGAACAAGAAUAAAAGUUCGAUUCUGUCUUUUAAUUUUGUAACAAAAAGAGAAAAAUGAAGGUAACCAAAUGGAUGUUCAGAUUGUAAAAGUGAUCGAUUUAAGCUUUUUGAUGGACAUAAAUUCUCGACUCCAAUAUAUGACUGUCGAUUACGCGCAGGAUGAUAAAGUUUCCGAUGUCGGUAUAGAUGCUAUCAUCGUUUACAAUGUCAUCGUGGAUAUUGUGAUGCUUCCUGCAAUUAUAGCAGGAUGCACAGAUACAUCUGAUAUUCUCUAUAUAGUACUGGUCAAGAGGAAAAUCUGUGGUCUAGUUCUCUAUUUUACUUUCUUCGGAUCUAAUAGAAUGUUGGCAAAAGCGAUAAAUCUGAAAUCCAGAAAAUACAAAUGGAUAGUAAAUCCAUAUCGAUGGAAAGAAAAAUAAAAUCGUUUUUCUGGGCACCGGCCAGAUAUUUUAAAAAUUAUACGAAAUAUAAUUGUAAUUUAAUCAUCUGCUCUUUUCUUUAUAUUAUCUUUGAUUAAUUAUAGUUCUGUAAUAUAAAUAAAUUAUUUAAAUUAGGGGAUCAAUAUUUGGUCAAUCACAUAAUAUAAUUUUGAAUUAUGUGCAAAGUUUAUAUUGAUUUUUAUUAUAUUGAUGCGCAUUUUUGGUAAAUUUUUAAAUUUUAUGUUAAAAAAUCAAAAUUUACAUAUUUCAAUAAUUAAAAAUGUGCAAUUGUAAAAUUUAUAUUUAUUUUUAUUUUUAUUGAAUGUUUCUACCAAAACAAGCGAGAUAUUGGAAAAUACAUUUUUAUUUCUUUCAGAUCAUUCGAAUAUUUACAUGUGGAAUAUUGAUACAUCUUUUGUGACAACUUUUUAUUAUGUAUUAUUAUAUUAUUAUAUUAUUAUAUUAUUGUAUUUAUUAUAUAUUUUUAUUAUAUAAUUCAAAAAUCUAGAAAUUGUCGCCUAUCAAUAUUAUUCUUAGUUACAGGGAUUUAAUGUGGAUGAUUGAAAGCAACUUUCAAGAUUACAUAGAUAACAAUAUCAGCUGGGACAUCGAUAGCUGUUCUAAUAAUAAACUCUAGUAAAUAAUACUAAAAAAUCAGAACUAAUAUCAUUCCACGUUAAAUAUUUCUCAUUAAUUGCUUAUUAGCCUUUUUAAGUGUUGCAUAUUAAAAAUCAAUGUUUUAAUUUUUAUCCAGAAAUAAUAAAUGUGCAAUUGAUUAAAAUCUCAAACAAUAAAAAAUUAUCGUAUAAACUAUAGUUGAUGCUUGAAUGAUUAAUCUAUUAAUCUGAUUAUCAUCUAAAUUAAUCUGAUUAAUCAUGAAGGGAACUCUUUUGAGUACUUUGUAUAAUUGAAUUGCUCUUUGAAAGAAAUUGCAGCUAGAUAAAUAUUAAAUAUAACAAAUAUUAAAGUCGAAUAGAAAACUUCAAAACCAUUUUCUGAAUAGCUAAUUAAAACGAAACGAAUCUUACUGUGAAGGAAUAAUGACGUUUAUGCAAAAGAAAUAAAUAUGUCUUUUUAAAUACGAAUGUAUUUAUUUUUCAAUCAAAUUUUUAUAAUACUUCUCCUUUGAAAAUCUAAAUU